AUUGAAUAUUCUAUCGCAAGUACCGUCUAUUUUCCCCGCUGCUCUAUCCAUUUACACACUGAUCAGCGACCCAACAGUGAAGGGAUGAUGUCCUCCUGUCCACAGCACCACCACUUCCGCCUCUGCCACCGUCACAACCACAGCAGGAACUGUAAUUCCAUAAUCGUUCCCUCUUCUACCAUUACCAUCUCCUCCUCCCUCCACCAUCAACAUCACCAACCACCUCAAAACCCGGCGACCUCGUCCCCUACUGAUAAACCAGUCCUCCGGACCCAAAAUUCCAAGUCCAGCACUGCCCUCCUCCACCACCUAAAACAACGAAGCCAACUUCAAAACGCAAUAUCACAAGAAGAGAAAUUGCGGGAUGCUAUUUCACCAGAAGAGAAAGUGAAGCUUUUGGAAAUGACCCUCGUCACUAAGAAACGAAUCCCUCAGUUCCCUGGUUCAAUUUUCCCCCAGUUCCCGACAGAAACCAAAUCUCCUUUGCAAACCCUUUUUCAAAACGGAAGCGAAGACAGUGAAGACGACGAUGGAGGAGAAGAUGAAGCAGAAAUGAUAAUGAAGGCGCUUGAGAUACGUAGAAAAGUGACAGCAGAGAUUUUCAAGGAAGCCAUGAAGAGGAAAGGCAAGUUCGGAAUAACGUAUUCGACCAAUUUGGUUGAUAGAUUGAGUGAUUUUAUUGACUUUAUUAUGAUUGAGGCUGCGAAAUUGAAGAGGUUGCCUGAGUUUGAGUCUUCGAGUUUCAAUAUUAGAGCUAAGACUGUUAUUGAGGACUUGAACGUUGUCCCACUUAUCAGGUGGCUGAAACACAAUGGGUUGCCAUAUCCUAAGAUUGCGAAGCUCAUAUGCUUGUCCAGAGGAAAUCUAGAGUCCAUUACAGGCCGGGCUGACUGGUUGAAGUCAAUUCAUGUCAGGGGAGAGUUUCUCGGGGUUGUGCUCACAAAAGCAGGGGAUAACAUUUUAGAACGCAGUAAUGAAGAACUAGCUGAAAUCGUUGAGUAUUUAGAGAGCAAUGGUGUGAGGAGGGAUUGGAUGGGCUAUGUAAUGAGUCGGUGUCCUCAAUUAUUGUCUUAUAGCAUGGAAGAAGUGAAAGCUCGAGUCAGGUUCUACUUGGAUAUGGGUAUGAAUGAGAAGGAUUUUGGCACAAUGGUCUUUGAUUAUCCUAGGGUGCUUGGCUAUUUUACCCUGGAAGAGAUGAACCAAAAGGUUAAUUAUCUGAAGGAGUUUGGCGUCAAUAAUGAAGAAGUUGGGAGAUUACUUGCAUUUAAGCCACAAUUGAUGGGUUGUAGCAUUGAGGAAAGGUGGAAGCCUCUUGUUAAGUAUUUAUACUACCUUGGAAUCUCUCGAGAUGGUAUGAGGAGAAUGCUUACCAUUAAACCAAUAGUUUUCUGUGUUGAUUUGGAAGAGACUAUAGUGCCAAAGGUGCGUUUUUUUAAGGACAUAGGUGUUAGAGAUGACGCCAUUGGCAAAAUGCUUGUAAAAUUUCCACCAUUACUAACAUACAGCCUCUACAAGAAAAUCCGGCCAGUGGUCAUAUUCUUGAUGACAAAAGCUGGUGUUAGUGAGAGGGAUAUUGGUAAGGUGAUAGCUUUGGGACCAGAGCUCUUGGGAUGCAGCAUAGUGCAUAAGCUUGAUAUCAGCGUGAAAUAUUUUCUGUCACUGGGCAUACGCCAUCAUCAAUUGGGUGAGAUGAUUGCUGAUUUUCCCAUGCUACUACGUUACAAUAUAGACCUCCUCCGCCCUAAGUAUCGUUACUUGAGGCGAACCAUGGUCCGGCCUUUGCAGGAUCUCAUUGAGUUUCCAAGGUUCUUCAGCUAUUCUCUAGACGAACGGAUAAUUCCAAGGCACAAAGUUCUAGUGGAGAAUCAAAUCAAUUUUAAACUGCGCUACAUGUUAGCUAGCAGUGAUGAAGAAUUUCAAACUUUGGUCGAGAAUGCUGUUGAAAGGCGGCGGAGAUUUGAAUCUGGUGUAAUCAAUGUCGCUCUCUCGACAUCUCCAGUAGUUGAUGACUCUUCAGAAGAGAAGAACGCAUUUGAGCAUGGUGUCAUGGUUGAUGCUCAAACUAAUCCUCAGGUAAACGAUGACCCUUCAGAUGAGGAAGAAAUUAGUUAUUUUUCUGAUAAUUAAAUAAUCCAUAUCUUAAUAUGCAUAACAAAGUUAAAUCCUUUUGAAGUAGCAUUCUGAAAGUUGUUGCAGCUCAGAAAAACUUUGAGCUGCUCCCUGUUUAUACAUUUCAUGUAAAAUGAAUAGCAACUCACUGUAACAUUAUAGAAGGAUGGUCUACCUGCUGUAAAUGGUUCAAUUUCUUUCCCUCCAUCCUUUAA